UAUGCUAAUGCCACUGAAAUCGGGCGCUCGGUUGCCAAGCAAGUGUGUUACCUGGUCAGAAGUCCAUCCGUCGCCGCGCGGGCGCGCUUUCACGCGCGUUAUUCGUUUCGCCUCCAGUGCCCGUGGUGUUCUCACGCGACCGAGCGCCCGUUCGAAUUGCGCGCUGACACGCACGCGCAUGCGCAUCCUCGCCGGCCGCGAGCAGCCGCCAGCACCGCGGGAGUAACAGAGACAGCAGAGAAGUAGCAGCAGCGCGAGGAGGGCAGACUGCAGAGCUGUCAUCCUAUCGACAUGGCGUAGUACGGCUCUGACACUCCUCCUUCUCUAUUAUUUCUCGCCGUAUUUUCCGCCGAUUUGCUUUUCCCAUUCGCGCAGCUACACCAUACCCUGCUGCUCACUCGACUCAACCUCCACGGGGUCAUGGCUGGAUUACUUUUUUGCUAGCUCGAUACUCGGAUGAAACUCUGGCGCGCCACUUUAACGUGUUGUAUCGCUUGCUCUGACGUUCGAGACGAUAUGUGUCAGGUGGCUCAUUUUUUAUUCAACACUCGCCUUUGACCCGUCAGCUGCUUUGGAGUUCUCGGCUGCUGCUAAUUUCACAAUCAAGGAUACUACGGCUACUACUACGGAAAUAAUGGCAACGCCUGACGCUCCGCUCAAAUUACGCUUUGUCACCUGGAAUACGGCUACAAAAUACCCAGAGCAGGAUCUUCGCCAACUACUAGGGCUCACUCAUUUUGCCACGUCCAAGCAGUUAGCUGAUAUCCAUAUAAUUGGCUUACAAGAAGUUAAAUCUCAGCCUCAAAAUUUGGUAUUGGACAUGAUUUUUGAAGACCCUUGGACAAAAUCAAUUAGGGAAAUCUUGAAAGAUUUUGAUUAUGUAAGAUUAAAAACUCAAAAGCUUCAGGGUCUUGUUUUGAAUGUUUUUUUCCUCAGAAAGCACUUGACCCAUUUAAGGAAUAUAGAAACUCAGUACACAAAGACUGGAUUUGGUGGGAUGUGGGGAAAUAAAGGUGCUAUUAGUGUACGAUUCAAUUUGUAUGGUGUUGACAUUUGUAUAGUAGAUGCACAUUUAACCGCCCAUGACCAAUUGUUAGCUGAUCGGAUAGAUGACUACAAUACUAUCAUCAGAGAACAUUUAUACACAGUGCCUGAAAAAAGUCACAUUUUCUUCAAUGAUUAUGUAUUCUGGUUAGGGGAUCUGAAUUUUCGUAUAGGAGAAGGCUUCAAUGCAACAGAGAUAGAUGAACUUGUUAAAAAGAACCAAUUAGAUGUAUUAUUAGAGAAAGAUCAAUUAAAGUCAGUUAUGGCUAACAAUGAAGCUUUUGCUGUAUUUACCGAGGAGAAAAUAACGUUUCAUCCAACUUAUAAAUAUGAAUUUGCAUCUCAAGAUUAUGAUCUAAAACGUCGACCGGCUUGGACUGAUCGAAUUUUGUAUAAAGUAAAUAAAGACGUCUACGAGGACGUAGAACUUAAGGCUGUACAAUAUAAUUAUAAAAGUCAUCCUAAUUAUGUGCAAUCUGACCAUAAACCCGUAAGCGCGGAAUUUGAUAUAGUGGUGAGAUCCACGAAAACUGCCGAUGGAAUUGAAUUUGAUCCAAUAACUGCGUGGUAUAUUGACGAAGAAAAUGUUGUGUCUUAUAAAUUUUUGGGUGACGCCAAAUCCUGUAAUGGUGAUUGGAUUGGAUUGUACAACGAAGGAUUUUCUAGUAUAGAUGAAUAUUUGGUUUAUGAAUAUGUCGGACGAGGAAAGGAAGCUGAAACGGAACCGCAAUCAACUUUAGAAAAGACUUAUUUCGGCGACUCAGCUCUUCGCUCGCCUGGUAUGUACCGCUUGGUCUACGUAGCCCAACGUGGCGAUAUUAUGAGCAUUCUGGGGAUGAGCGAUUCAUUCUCUGCGCAUCGUCGACAAACUUGACGAACGAACAAAAUAUUACCUUUAUUAUAGUUACCAGUCUGUCAUCGCAUAGAUUGUCUGUAGACAUAGCUUUUCGUAUAUUUGCUUGUUGGUUUGCUCUGACUGCUUUUGUACGUCAAUUUUCUCAUAAGGGGAUAUUGAAAGCACAUUAGGAUCCGCAAGGGAACCUAACAACAUUACGCGUUGAAUCUUGAGAGUGGUUUGAAAUAGUACCUGGUUAUUAUUAAAAGAACGCUUUAUUUAUGUCACGUAUAUUCAAAGCUUAUAUAAUGAAGCAUUCAUGACGCUAAGCAACUUUUUGUAAGCGUGUGAACAAAUUUGGAUAUCUUGUAAACCUCGUUUAUUUUUGUAAAAGAAUGACUAGUAUAACAAAUGAACAAAGUAUGUUAGGUACUAUUAUGUACGUUACGCGCGGUUUAAUACAAAUAGAGUCUGUAAUAUUUUAUCUAUUCUACUGUAAAA